CGGCAUCUCUGCACGUUGACAGUUACAAUCUUGUUGUGAUGUGUUAGCAUGUGCUUGCUAAGGUCUAAAAGGAACAAGCACUGUAAACAGUCACAGCUCAACACGUGCAAGUGGCCAUAUCAGGAAGUGACUGUGUGUCAGGUGCCUGUGGCGGAGGGGAAGAGUGUGCAGCAGACAGUGGACAUCCUGCACAAGAAACUGGAGCAGCUGGGUGCAGUGAAGCAGGGCAGCUUCUGUGUGGACUGUGAGACCUACCAUGCCACAGGAAAUGUCAGCGGUCAGCCCACCAAGCUCUUAUACGUGAUGCACAACUCUGAAACUCCCCUGAGCUGCUUGGCUCUGUUUGAAGGUGGACCGUGCCUUGUAGCGGAUGCAAACUUUGAUGUCCUCAUGGUGAAACUAAAAAGCCACUUCCAGAAUGCCAAGGGGCACAAGGUGGAGUGUCGUGGUUCGAGAUACCGCUACUGUGACUUUUUGAUAAAAGUUGGUACUGUGACAAUGAGCUCCAGUGCCAGAGGAAUAUCAGUAGAGGUGGAGUACUGUCCCUGUGUGGUUCCAGGAGACUGCUGGAAUCUCAUGAAGGAGUUCAUGCAGUCCUUUCUUGGUCCCAGCAUCGCUGAGCUGCCGUCUGUGUUUGUUGCCAAGCCUGAAGGCCUCUUCGCACCAGCUGACUGCGUCGACACCAUGACUCAAUACCUGGAGUUGUUUAACAAACUUCGUAAAAUGCAAAUGCCAGGAAGUAAUGUGCGUUGAACUGUCACGUGUUUUUGGAGAGAUUUUUUUAUCUUUGUAUUGAUGUUGCUUUGAUUCUGGUCCUAUGGAUAUGAAUGAUAUCUGGGUAUUUUUGAAAGCCCAGGAUUUUUUAUUUCUAUUUCUGGAGCCUCAAUUGUGUUACACCCCCAUUUGAUGAAAACAUAUUGUAUUAAAGAGACCAAGUAGAGAAAAGAAGCCAGAAUUUGUGUUUCUGACUGUUAACACUGUGCUAAUCCAUAAACAUACAAUGAUGAGGCACAUAUGAAUAUUUCAAAUGUCUUAGUGGCUUUAUUUCUCAAAAGCUUUAAUGUGCUUUUCAAUAUCUGUAACAUAUGCAGCAUUUUUAACAUAAAGGGAAAUGACGAAUAA